AUGGGGGAAUCCGUUCAAGAUCAACUUACAAAACUUUUCAACCUUGUCCUUUCUGAACAGCAAGCUAAUCAGGCCCGCCAUGAAAAGGUUGAGCAGCUUCACGCCAAAAUGGAGGCUAUGUCUCUCGAAUUGGAAUCUGCCGGAAAGGGACUAUCUUCUUCUCCAGGUGCAGAAAGUCAAGCUCAAACUCGGCGCGAAAAAGGACCUAUUGGAGCAACAGUCUCUGAAGCUUCGAGAGGCAACGUCAUUGUGCCCAAAUUCACGAAACUUGACUUCCCUCGCUUUAAUGGCCAGGAAGAUCCUUUGGGAUGGAUUAGCCGUUGUCAACACUUUUUCCGGCACCAAUCCACUCCUGAAGAGGAAAAGGUGAGUUUAGCUUCUUACCACCUAGAGGGAAUUGCACAGCUAUGGUACUUACAGAUGAUUCAAGAUAUUCCCAAUCCUACAUGGUCUGAAUUUGUCAACCAAUGCAAUUUGCGGUUUGGACCCCCUAUCCGAAGCAACAAACUGGGAGAACUUGCCAAAUUAAAACAAACGGGCACAGUGGAGGAGUAUCAAAACAAAUUUGAAGUUUUGGUUUCCAGAGCUAGCACCUUAACUCAGAACCAAAAGGUUCAGUUGUAUUUGUAUCUCAGUGGCUUGCAGGAAUCCAUAUCUGUUGAAGUCGAGCUGCACCAACCACAGGAUCUUGUCACAGCAAUGAGCAUGUCUCGCUUGUAUGAACGGAAGCUUUACACCAGGAGCUCCACCACUCGAGAUAUCAAACGCAAUUCUCCACUUCCGGAUUCACGCAACAACCGCACAAUUAAAAGGCUCACUAGAGACGAAAUGGAUGAAAGGAGAAAAAAGGGGUUGUGUUUUAAUUGUGAUGAACCGUUUGUGCGUGGCCAUCACUGUAAACGGUUGUUUUGGAUUGAUCUAGAAGACGGAACAAAUUCAGAGGAAGACGCCGACUCAGAUCUACCACCUGAAAUUUCUCUCCACGCAAUUACUGGAACACGCAAUCCACAGUCCAUGCGUUUGCUGGGGCGUUGGAAAGGAACCCAGGUAUUAAUCCUUGUUGAUUCAGGAAGCACUCACAACUUUGUCUCUGUUUCCAAAGUUGAUGAAUUACAGGCAGAAGUGGAUGAGAAAGAUGGGUUACGUGUUAAUGUCGCCAAUGGCAAACAGCUCCGCAGUCCUGGAAUUUGCAAGGGGGCACCGAUCGAAUUGGGAUUUACCACUUUUAUGGUGGAAUUAUUUGUCUUGCAAUUGACUGGCUUUGACAUUGUCCUUGGCGUUAAUUGGUUGACAACGCUGGGCCCCAUCCUAUGGGACUUUAACAUUAUGUGGAUGUCUUUCUUCGUCCAAGGGAAACAGGUGGAACUCUACGGCAUAAAUUCUAGAUCAGGGACGCAGCCUAAUCUUCAUUCUCUAUUACCGGCUACCGACCCAGAUACCCAACUUCAAAAAUUACUAUUUGAAUAUGCCUCUCUUUUUAAUCCACCAACAGGGCUACCUCCCGCCCGUUCCUGUGACCACCGUAUUCCUUUGGAACCAAACACUAAACCAGUGGUGGUACACCCCUACAGAUAUCCCCAUGGGCAAAAAGAUGAAAUUGAACGCCAGUGUACUGCUAUGCUCAAACAAGGAAUCAUCCGCCCGAGCAGAUCUCCUUUUUCAUCUCCGGUAAUUCUAGUUCCCAAAGCUGAUAAAUCAUGGCGCUUGUGUGUGGAUUACAGGGAACUCAAUGCCAAAACCAUCAAAGACAAAUUCCCAAUUCCUGUUAUUGAUGAGCUUCUGGACGAAUUGGGAGGGGCAAAGUUCUUCACCAAAUUAGACUUGCUUUCUGGAUAUUUUCAGAUCGGCAUGUAUCCACCAGACAUUGAAAAAACAGCCUUUUGA